AUGUCCCCUGCUCUUAUAAGCACGCCGGCACUUCGAGAGAAAGAUUUUGGUAGCCUCGAGCUUGUCCAGUGGUCGUCCAAACAAGCCCAAAGUGCGUUUGCAUCCAAGUCUACAAGUCAGGAGAAUCCAGACUACCGUCCUGAGGAGGAACACACAGUUAUGGAGAGCCGAGCUGAGACCUUCCUGGCCCACUACCUUCUUCCCUUACUGAAAACCGAACCAGAGCAGGACAUCAUUAGGGCACCGGAAUCUAUUGCAAUCGUCUCCCAUGGUAUAUUUCUCUCUGUCUUGUGGCGUUCAUUAUUGAGUAAAUUUUACCCUGAAACGGUGAGGCUAGGCCACGAGGUCGAACAUACAGCGUAUGACAAGCCACUUGCUCGUCUGCCUUCCUGGAGCAACACAGGCUUUUUACAGUUGACGAUUAGCUACCCUGCCGAGCACGAUGAAAGAACAAUGGGCCCCAUUGAUACUUCGGGGCCCUCGCCACUAUUCCCGGAUCGGGGACUUACAAUCAGUGCCAUUAACAGCAAAGAGCACCUGAACAAUCUGAAGCGUACCCGUGGAGGAGUUGGAUCAGCGCCAUUUGACACUCGUCAGAAGAACUUGGAAGCGUUUUUCAAGCGUGGCAGACAUGAAAAUGAUCUGGCUUGA